AUGGUCACCAUCCAACGUACCCUUCCAAUGAGUGGUAGCUCCUUUGAGGAGUCUAAGAGGCUUGCUGCUGAGAAGGCACGUCGAAUGUUGGAAGAAGCUCACAAAGGCAAGGGGCCUCCACCGCAAGUUAUACCAUCAAGUGCUACUCGUCCAGUUACGCGACCUCCCAGGCCUGGCGCAGGUCGAUCUGUGCAAAAAAGCAAGACAAGUAAUUUGGAAGCGUUCAAAGAAGAGCUGAAGAAAGUGCAACAAGAACGAGACCAACGCAAAGGUCUUAGAGAUCAUCUUCGAGCUGAAUUGGGUGUCGAUGCGGAAGCGCUUGAUAAGAUAGCACCUGCAUUAGACAAGCCGUACAUGGGCAGCGGCGAAUACGAUGAUGAUCCUUACACUACAAAUUUGUACAUCAGCAAUCUACCAUUAGAUGUAAGUGUGAUAUUUUUUGUUUACAUCUUAUCCUUUCAUAGAAAUUUGGAAGAUAUCCUGUCCUCCAGAAAAUUUCAUUACGUCACCUUCAGUCAUUUUCACAUGUUUCCUGGUUCAUAGUC